GAAGAAUAUUGUGCAAUCGGUUAACAAUUAAAUUGUACAUGAAAGAUAAGUUAUCUUUUAGGGCGCUACAGAGCUCCCCCCCAGAAGGCUGAACAUAGAAAGCCUUCGAAAUCGAAAAGGACGGCUGAAACGAGGUUCAUAAGGCAAAAUCGUGCCAAAAAUGAGCGUGCGUUCAUGUAAAUGGGGGUUCGCCGGAAGUUGGAGUCCGCUGUGCCGUUUGUGAUUUGUUAUUUAUUGAUUGCAGGGCAGGGUGCAUUUCGGCGAGCCGUUGGAGCGGGCUUGCCGGACUACCACAAAACUAGCCAGUCCAGAAAAACGCCGACAGAACUUCAACCUCCGCUGCUGCCGAACGGUGUGCUUUGGGGUGGUCUCUCCCCCCGCCGCACCCCGUCCCGCGCCAAAGCGACCCUCAUCCCACGAAGAAACGACCUUGGUCUUACGGAGAAGCGACCGUCGUCCGGCGGAGAAACGACAAUCGUUCCGUGGAGAAGCGGCACUUGUCGCACGGAGAAGCGACCAGUGUUCGCGCCAGGGUCCUCGAAAACAUUUCUCAUUUAGGCCAUUCGAUCGAAGGGGAGGGUUUGCAGCAUGUAGAGACGAG